UUGGACGACAGACAAAACGUCUUAACGUGUGAGCACGUUAGCGAGACUAUACAGUUCGGGAAAUCGGUAUGAUGCCCUAUCUUCGAGGCGGAGUCGCGACGCUCAUGCGACGAACUUCUCUUCGAGACGACGUCAAGGCAGACGGCGACGAUCCGGCGACCGAGGAGCCCUGGGAUCCAGGUACAGGCGUAUUAGCGCCGCCACCGACGACGACGACGCCUGGCGACGACGCGGCUGACGACUGCAGCGUGGAUGGCGAGGCAACCGACAGUGUCUCGGUGACCAGCGAAACGGUCGAGACGGAGGCCCGCCCACCGAAAACGGUUCCCAGCGCGUCAUGGGCCGCCAAGCGCGUCAGGCGACUCCUGGCGGUGCAGAGCGCCUUCGGAGCACGCUUCGGAGCGACCAGGGCGCCCUCUGCACCCACCUUCUCGGACGCACAGACGCAGACGCUGCCCGACGCGAGCACUGAGGAGGUGCACUGUCGCCGCUGUCGAGGAGUCUACAGGCGUCAGAGGGCGCGGGACGACGACCUCUCGAAGCCGGACGCAAAUACCCGUCCCAGCGUCUCCGUGGCGGCGACCCACAAGACCGACGGUACCACUGCGGGCGCCUACCCCGAGAAGCCCGUCUCCUGGACCAGCCGCGCUCUCGAAUCGGCGUUGGUCGUGGCCUCCGAGAUUCUCCAGUACCCGUGGGGCGCCGACGCGCUCAUCCUGGUCGGCAUUGUCCUGCUGGCCUCGUUCCUGGUCGUCCUGUACUACGCGGUCGCCGUCGUGCUACCCAUCAUGGUCCUGGCCGUCAUCUUGGCCAUGAUCAACUCGGCGCUCUUCGAGAACAGCCGCUUCCUACACGUCCUGCGGAGACUGGGGCUCACGUGACGCCCUGUCGUGACGUCAUGAGGCCACGCUUUCUUGUUUGUUUAUGGAACUGCCUUCGUACUUAUUACUGACGAACUUUAAAUACGACCGUAGUCGGGCGAGAGGGUCCCCGUGUUUGGUGGUAAUGUUGCAAUAGUUUAGCUCCGUCGUUUGGAUGUCACAGGCACUCCUGCAGGUCAGCAUCGUUAGCGUGCGUGCGAUAGAGUUGUGCGUCAUCGACGGUGCCUUCGCUUGCAAUAAUCAACACGCGACUGGCGCUGUCUUCUGUUGAUUUCAAUUGAUCCUAACGCGUCGUUUUGGUCCGGAGGCUUAAACGUGGCGUUCCGCGUAAUUCAGCGUCCUUGAAUGAGGUUUAUUGGCUCAUGCUGCCGUUUGUACGACCGUUGCCUCCGUACGUUGUACUGUUCCCUCCGCGAGCAGCUCCGUCAGCGCGCCGUCUCACUGCCAGAGCUCACUGCGGAAGCAACAGUACAUUAUGCCAAUAGACUUGAAUGCAUUGUGGAGAGUGCCGGAUAAAUUCUGCAGGUCAGAAAAUAUACGUGAUCGAUGUUUGCAGCGCUCCCUAACAAGAUUAUAAGAAGCUAGCCAACAAAUAAAGAAGAGACUAACAACGUUUCGAAACGUUGAGCACAGCGGCAAGCACGCAGUUUUGUGACUUAAAAUGGCGUCACAAUGUCACGGCUUGCUGCACAACAAGCUGCGCAACAAGCUGCCCCGAGGUAUUUUCACUUAGGUGCCGACAGUGGCAUCGGCCCAGGCGUCGUCCCAGACUACGUUGUCUUUCAGUAUACGAUUUUGAUACACACCCUCACAGAUACGCAGGGUUGCACUGCCAGAUUACGGCACGCUGCAUACUGUGUUCUUUGCACGUUCCUUAGCUUUGUUACUGCGAUAUACGUUAUCGAAACAAUGUUCUGUGAUCACUUUGGUACUUCUCAGAGAAUCUCCAAGUCUUUUUGUCUCGGAUCUCCUACCAAAUGACUUGCUUUCUCUGUGUACCGUAACCUGCAGGUGAUAAACUUUCCGCGCGCGUUUGUAUUGUGUGUCAUUUGGCCCCCACAGUGUUCCACACUGAUUCACUAGAGGAAAAUUUGGCGCUAUAGUGCACGUGGGAGCUGCAGCGCAUGGCGUUUCACUCGGCAUCGGAACGAUGGGUUGUGCAUACAUUUCCUUCCCUAAGCUUCCCUCUUUCGGCUCCGUGUGUCUCCGUGUAAACCGUUAUGUCGUAAUACAAAGAUCACCGAAAUUAUAGUGUGCUAUAUAUGUUGUGCUAUACCAACACUUAUGCACUCCUACUUCCCCACCUUGAGACUGGCCAGUUCGAAACAGUUCACGAAGUUCACAACGAGCUGUCAUUCUUUCCGAAACAAAAGCCGAAGCACAGGAAUAUACCAAGCAACGCUUCCUAUAAAAACUGUUAUAGAACGUCGCUCUCUUUUCAAUAGGGAGCCUCCUUCCAGCGCGCAAUCUCGGAGGCCAUGCCUCCUGCCUUGUGUUGCGACCGGCCGCCGCAUGAGACCGCUCGCCUCCGGACCGUUCGGUCACGUGACAUAACCGUACCGCUCUGUCACGUGACAUCACGGCUGCUCGGAGGCAACUGUGAGAGCGUUGCUGUGUUCGCGGGGGGCGGCCGUCGGAUACGCUCGCCGUCGUACCGAUGGAGGAGGGUAAAAUCAGAGGGUAGGGCAGCACGUUCGCGACUUACGUUCCAGGCAUAAUUUUUUUAGGAGGCCAAGCCACAAGAACGUUCGAAGCCGCGAGCAGUAAGACUAUACGUAUACAUCUAUGUACUACACAGCACAUCCUUCACAUGAUAGCUGAACAAUCGCUGCGCCACAUUUCUCUCUAGUAAACAUUAUAGAAAACUCAAUCAUUUUCCUUUUAUUGUUAACUGGGUCUAAACGCGUUGUUGUUUUUUUGUAUAUCAACUAAGGUUGUCAUAAAUCAUGUUGCCGAUUCGUUGAUAUUCCUACCAGGUUUCCACUGUCCGCUGGCUCGUGUAAAACUAUGUGCCUGGACGACAGUCGGCUGAGGUUUUUUGUGUGUGCAUACAAAGAAGCCAAAACUCUACCUAAAAUUAUUUGUCAUGGAACUUUUUACAAUUCGUAUUACCUAUAUAUGUGUGUUCGACCAUGGUUGUCAUAUCUAUUUUUAUGCACUGUGUUCACAAAAAAAAAAAAUAAAGCGAUAUGAAACCCUGGAGUGCAUUCUGCCCUGUC